AGGCCAACGCGAACUGUCUUCAUUUUAUCUUGCUUUAUAAUUCCUAAUUAAAUCCCUGAUAAACGAUCAUAUGUUUCACACAAUUAAACCAUAAACUGUUUUGCUAUAAAUGAUCCUGACAUUCUCGCGUCGGCCAAAUCUUUCGAUCACACGCGACGAAUGAUGAAUUCCUUCUCGUGCAUCGUUCUUUUGUGCCUUCAAUCUUAUCUCAGUCUGAUCAGGAUUGCCGUAGGUCAAACUGCGACGCCUACCUGCACAGAAAUAGGUGCUUUCGAGAUCUACGACGGGACCUGCAAGAAUUAUUAUAUUUGUGUGGACGACGGCGAGAAACUCAAUCCGGUGAACCUAAUGUGCGCCAGUUCUGCCAUAUUCGACCCUCUUCAGGGCAGAUGCGUAUCUGAGAGCACGGCUACGUGUCAGCAAACGACGACGAUGCCACCCUCGACCACCACUUCAGCACCACUCUGCGUUAGAUACGGCAGAUUCCCAAUACAGGACGCGCAGUGUAAAAGGUAUUACCUGUGUUACUGGGACGGCGUUCGUUACACCAUAAUGGACAAUCUGUCAUGCCCGAAUACGCUGGUAUUCAACCCGGUAUCGGAAAAAUGUGUACCGCCAGAGAGGUAUACAUGUCCGGGAACAAUUGGAUAAGGAUGAUCGAACAUUAUAAUGUAAAUUAUACAUAUUCGCACUUUAUAAAAUGCUCUUGCGUGAUUCUGAGAAAAAUAAUCAUGUAAACUAAUAUAAGAAUAACGAUUGUUAAAUAUUAA